GCGCCGCCUUCUUAUCAUUCCAUUCAAACUUGAGUUCAGUCUCUAUUUGUCCUCCCCUAACUUGAUCCUCCAAAGCAAUUGUAUCCCUUUCCAAUGGCAAAAUUAAGCAGAAACGCGCACAUCCUGGUAUUCCCUUUCCCAGCACAAGGUCACAUGAUCCCUCUCUUAGACCUCACCCAUCGUUUAGGCACCAUUGCCGCUGAUCUAACCAUUACCGUCUUAGUUACCCCAAAGAACCUCCCUUUCUUAACCCAACUCCUCUCUUCCCACCCUCGCAUUCAAACUCUGGUCCUUCCUUUCCCUCCUCACCCUUCCAUCCCUCCCCACGUCGAAAACUUCAAAGACCUUCCUCAACACUGUUUAACCUCCUUGAUUCACACUCUCGGCCAACUCUACGACCCUUUGCUUUCAUGGUUCGAGUCCCACCCUUCGCCUCCUUCGGUCAUCGUUUCCGACAUGUUCUUGGGUUGGACUCAACGUUUGGCUUUUUGUUUAGGCAUUAAACGCAUCGUUUUUUCCCCCUCGGGCGCCAUGGCAUUGUCUAUUUUGUAUUCCUUAUGGAUGGAUCUUCCUAAGCUCGAUGAUCCUCGUGAUCAGACGGCUGUCAUUUCGUUUGAUAAAAUACCCAAUUGUCCGAAGUACCCUUGGUGGAAACUCUCUUCCUCUUAUCGUGCGUGCGUUGAGGGGGACCCAGCUAUGGAGUUCAUCAGAGAUGUGUUUCUUGCCAACAUUGAAAGCUGGGGUUUAGUGGUUAAUUCUUUCGGUGAACUCGAAGGGCCUUAUCUGGACUAUUUGGACAAAGUAAUGGGCAAUGAUCAUGUGUGGGCCGUGGGGCCCUUAAUCCUUCUUCAUGAUGAUCUUAGUGGGCCCAUACAGAGAUGUGGAUGCAACUCGGUGCCGGUGGAUCACUUGUUGACGUGGCUUGACUCUUGUGAGGAAGGUGAGGUGGUGUACGUGUGCUUUGGGAGUCAAGUCGUGUUGACCAAUGAUCAAAUGGCGGGGGUUGCAUCGGCGUUGGAGGAGAGUGGGGUCCGUUUUAUAUGGUCCAUCAAGGAACCCACGGAAGGACACGUGGAGGAACAAUACGGCAGGAUCCCGAAUGGGUUCGAAGAUCGUGUCGCUAAUAGGGGACUUGUUAUCAGAGGAUGGUCCCCGCAAGUUACUAUACUGAGUCACAGAGCGGUGGCCGCGUUCUUAACUCAUUGCGGAUGGAACUCGGUCUUAGAAGCUGUGGUGGCUGGUGUGACCAUGCUAACGUGGCCCUUUGGGGCUGAUCAAUUUGUGGACCAAACUUUACUGGUUGAUGAGCUAGGGGUGGCCAAGAAGGCGUGUGAGGGUGCACAAACUGUGCCGAACUCAGACGAGUUGGCUCGAGUCUUGGCAGAAUCAGUGAGCAAAAGGAACCAAGUUGAGAGAGAACGAGUGAUGCAAUGGAGAAAGGCGGCAUUAGAUGCGAUUAAAGAAGGUGGCAGCUCGGCUAAGGACAUGGAAGAGUUGGUGAAGCAUCUAUUGUGAGUGGCAUUAGAUGCCAAUUGUGACA